UUCUAUUGCUAGACCUGAAGAAGAGCUCUGUGUGGCUCAAAAGUUUGUCUCGCUCCCCAACAGAAGCUGGUCCCAUAAAAGAUAUUACCUCAUGCACCCCAUCACUCUAAUAUCCUGGGACUGACAUGGCUACAGUAACACUGCAUACAAUCUGGCUAAGAACAUAACGGCUAUAUAGGUCAGACCAAUGGUCCAUCUAGCCCAGGAUCCUAACUUCCAACUGUAGCCAAUGCCACAUGCUUCAGAGGGAAUGAACAGAGCAUGCAAUGAUCAAGUGAUCCGUUCCCUGUUGUCCACUUCCAACUUCUGAUAGAGGCUAGGAAGAGUUGGAGCAGGGGGUUGCGUCCCUGGCCAUAUUGAUAAUAGCCAUUGAUGAACCUAUCCUCCAUGAAUUUAUCUAGUUCUUUUUUGAACCCCAUUAUAGUUUUAGCCUUCACAACGUCCCGUGGCAAUGAGUUCCACAGGUUGACUGUGCAUUGUGUGAAGAAAUACUUCCUCUUGUUUCUUUUAAACCUGCUGCCUGUUCAUUUCAUUUGGUGGCUCCUAGUUCUUGUGUUAUGAGAAGGAGUAAAUAACACUUCCCUGCUCUUUCCACACAAGUCAUGAUUUUAUAGACCUCUAUCAUAUCCCGACUUACUCAUCUCCUUUUCAAGCUGAAAAGCCCCAGUCUUUUUAAUCUCUCCUCAUAUGAAAGCUGUUCCAUAUCCUUAAUAAUUUUUGUUGCCCUUUUCUGUAUCUUUUCUAAUUCCAAUAUAUCUUUUUUGAGAUGGGGUGACCAAAUCUGCAUGCAGUAUUCAAAGUGUGGGCAUACCAUGGAUCUAUAUAGUCGCAUUAUGACAUGGUUAGUGGAAUAUGUACUGCAUGAAUAUGUUUGUUUAGUUUAAUAGAGGACUGUCAGGAAAAACAAAGAAGGGAAACAAAUGUUCAAGAUAAGCCGCACCCCUUGGUAAACACUUCCGGGUUGUUAAGAAAAACUGUCCAAACUAUUAAGCGCAGAAGAUUCCACCUCCUUGCUCCAGUCAAGUUUUGAAACUGGUUUUGACCAAGAGAGCCAAAGUACAGGAACUAGCAAGAUCAAAAGGCCAACAGUAGUUUAAAGAUGAUCAUUGAGAGGGGAAGUUGUUUCGAGCAGUGGCUCUCAACCUUUCCAGACUACUGUGCCCCUUUCAGGAGUCUAAUUUGUCUUGUGUACCCCAAGUUUCAUUUCACUUAAAAACUACUUGCUUACAAAAUCAGACAUAAAAAUACAAAAAUGUCACAGCACACUAUUACUGAAAAAUUGCUGAUUCUAUAAUUUUUACCAUAUAAUUAUAACAUAAAUUAUUUGGAAUAUAAAUAUUGUACUUGCAUUUCAGUGUAUCGUGUAUAGAGCAGUAUAAACAACUAAUUGUCUGGAUGAAAUUUUAGUUUGUAUUGACUUUACUAGUGCUUUUUAUAUAGAGUAUUGUAAAACUAGGCAAAUAUCCAGAUUAAUUGAUAUACCCCGUGGAAGACCUCAGCAUGUCCCUGGUUGAGAACCACUGAUUUAGAGGAACCAGACUAAGAUGCAAGCACCCACUGGGGGUGUCAGAAGAAGAGUGAAGCUUUCUCUGAAGACUGCCAAGGCACAGCAGAAGCUUUUUAGAUGGCUAGACUGCCUCUGAUUUCAGGAGCACAUGCUCAGGCUUGGAAGGAUUCAAUUUUUGUUAUCAGUAAAUGUUAACAAACAUCGAUGUCACCACACACAGACAAACUGGUGAACAAAUGUUUCCAGUGGAGAUAACAGAAAUUUACAGAUAGGCAAAGUAAGACAAAUGCUGCUUGGGAACUUCAGAGUCAGCUUGAAGGAUGUUUACUCUGUAUGUUCUGACAUGUGAUGCUGACAGUUUGUGCUUUGAUGGUUAUAACAUUUUAAUUUUUUGAAUAUUGGGGGCCACUGUCAUCAAAUAACAAUUGUCUGACCCCCUCGACUUCCCACAGCUGUGAAACUUUAAAUAGAUGAAAGUAAAAAAAACCCAUCAAAUUUAAAUGAAUAUUGAUCCUAUCCAUCAAAACUGUUAAAAAAAUAAAUCAACUUCUGCCAAGCCGCUUAUGCUCCACUGAGCACCUGCCAGCCAAGUCUCCUUCCUUUAGUCCAGACUGUGAGGUCACUGCAGAGUUCUGUGAUGAUACAGCAAAGAACCUUCUAAGCCAUGCAGGGAACAAGAAGGAGAAGCAAAGCUGGACUCAUGAAUCCCCAAGUAAGAGCUCUCUUUGGGGAGGUCUCCAUUCUAGACUGGCUUCAUGCUCCUGCUUUCUCUCUCUCUUUUCAGAGCCCAGAGGAUGCUUCCCAAACCAAAGUUAGUUCCCCAUUUAUGCUGCUUCCUCGAGCUGACGCCAUUCGCUCCAAGCUGAUCUACACCUUCUACCUGAUUGACCACCUUCAGGGACUGAGCCAUGCCAUCCCACGGCACAAUAUCCAGGAUUUUCUUGACCCCAAGAAGCAGAGGAAGCUGAUGUUCACAGACCAUCACCAGCUGGUUCGUUUCAACAUAACCCCGGUGAGGAACAUCAUCACCCCAGAGAAACGCCUGCGCAACCGCAUCCAAGUGCGCUGCAGCCGCUGGCCUCCCCUGACCAUGUGGGCAUCCUGGGUCCUGAACAGUACCAUCUUCAAAAGCUUCAUCAUCUGUCUCAUCUUCCUGAACAUGCUGGUUCUUAUGAUCAAGAGCGAGGUGAUGAACAAGAUGGAUGCCAGCCUGAUGAGCCUGAAGCUCACCUUGGAGGUGACCGUCUGGGUCAUCCUCCUCAUUUUUAUCAUGGAGAUUUUGCUGAAUUGGAUUGUCAGUUUCAGAGGCUUCUGGAAAAGCAGCUGGAAUGUCUUCGACUUCAGCGUUACCAUAGUGGCUGUGAUCCCCGAGUUCCUGGACUUGACUGGCAUAACCAACAAGAUAGCUGCCAUGAGAAUCAUCAGGGCCUUUCGCAUCCUCCGCACCUUAAAGCUCUUCUCCAAAUUCCGGCAAGUUCGGGUGAUCAUCCUGGCAAUAGCAAAGACCUUGAAGGCCAUGACCUUCGUCCUGCUGCUCUUGGUGGUUUUCUUCUAUGUGUUUGCCGUAUCUGGCAUCUUCUUCUUUGAGAGCUACAGUCGGUCAGACCGCACCGACCUGGAGUACAGCAUGUAUUUCAGGGAUCUCCCCAACACCCUGGUGACACUGUUCAUCCUCUUCACCAUGGAUCACUGGUACGCCCUUCUCCAGGACACCUGGAAGAUACCCGAGAUGAACAAGCUCAUCAGCAGCCUCUACAUCAUCCUCUGGCUGCUGAUUGGAUCCUUCAUGUUCAGGAACUUCUUUGUGGCAAUUAUGGUGACUAAUUUCCAGACUAUCCGGAGUGAUCUGGCUGAAGAGGUGAAGCAGAUAGAGGCUCAGAAGAAAGCAGAUUUAUUUAAAAUACAGAUUAGAGAGAGGUGAGUGAGCACAGCACCCACCCCAUUUUAGGCUGGCCUGGGAGUUCCCCUAGCAGCCAGGGACCACCACACCCUCUAGUCUGCCGUCCUGUGCAGCUCAGGCCACUGGUC